CGGGUGCAGCCACCCUAAUAUAUAAAUAAACAGCAACCCCCUCUCAAUCCAAAUCCACCAAGCCCACUCCUCUGCUGCCGCAUUCCAAGUUUCCAACCCAUUCCCAUCCUCUUCAACGGUCAACCCAGCGCCACCAGCAGCGCCAUCAGCAGGAGAGAGAUCGCCGGAGCCAUGACGAGGGGCGGCGGAGGCGACAUGAAGUCCUUCUUCCGUCAGCAGAAGACGCACGCCGCCGCCGCCACUACCAAGCCCACUGGCGGCGUCUCCAAGAAGGCGGCGGCGCAUCACCACAAGAAGGCCGCACUCGCCACCAACGUCCACCCGGCCCCAUAUCACGGCGCCGGCAGCCGCCAGCAGGAGGAGGCGGAGGCGGAGCAGCGGGAGAGGGCGGGCCGCGAGUUCGACAUGGACACGCGCUACGGGCCAUGCCUCGGCGUCACCCGCGCCCAGCGGUGGCGCCGCGCCGCCGCGCUCGGCCUCGCACCGCCGCCGGCGCUCCUCGCCCUCUGCGCCGACGAACAGCCCUGCCUCUGGGAGGGCCGCGUCUAGGCUACUGGCGGCGGCGGGGUGCACAUUCCCCGCGUUUCGCCGACAUGCUCCAUCAGUGUUCAGUACUAGCUCUGUGUUGGAGAUGCGGUGUCGCGUCCAUCCGUUCUGCUCCCGUCUACCGCAUCUCGUGGUAGCAGUGGCACCAGUAGUAGUACCAUCUGUGCCUGUCACGUGUUGUGUUGCCUCUAGUAUCCACAUGAUGAUGAACCCUUCAUGUCUGGUGUGUUGUUUGUGAUCAGAGCAGAAAUGGCAUGUCUUCCAGCAACAUGGCAUUUCUUUCGUGUGUUCUUCUGUUGCAGUUUCAUUGGAUUGUUCUAGUACUGCUGAAUACUGCCCAGCAUAGUUUGUUCUACAUUAUACGACGAAUUAAGUUUGUACUAAGUUUGACCAAAUUUAUACAGAACUGGAUCAAACAUCUAGUACAUUAA